UCAUCGUUUUAAUAAUGUACGUCGUUUUCUUGGAAAACCAUUUGUGAUUAUUUUUCUUAUAAUUUUUUAUUUGCUAUUAGUUAUUUUUGUUAAACACCACAUUAAUAGCAAACCUGAACCAUGAACACUAUCUCUAAUACAUUCCAAGAAGUAGAUAUAUGUCCGAAUACUUGUGAGGACCUCGGGGCAUUUGUGAAAUCCAAAGUGAAUCCUUUGGACGUGGUAGAAAAACAAAGAACAGCUCGAGAUGAGAAGCUUGCUAACUUAACUCCAGUAGCUGCUCCAAAGACGAGUGAAGAACCACCGCCUCCUGAUAAAGAAGAGGUUGAAGGACCAGUGCGUGUAACAGAACAUCCCAAAUUGAAACCAGGAAUAGAUGGAAAGGUCGAUUGGACACCACUCGGUGAGAUAACUGGCACAAGACCAGGAGUCAGUAAAUACUCUAUAAGCAGAUACUCGUUGGGGGAAUGGAGAGAGCACAACAACAAAAUCUUAAAUUCUGACAUAGUAACCGAAUCUAACAUUAUAGAUUAUAAUGCGAAGACCUCGAUGAUGCAGGCUUUUGGUAAUAUCGACAAACAACAGAUGGAAAACAACUGCAGGCUCAAACAAAAAGCGAGGGACAUUUACAGAUGGAAGACAGAAGUUGAGAGAUCUUGUAAGGAAAUUACCGAUGAAGUGGAAGCGCUUGAAAUUGAGAGACAGCGCCUAAAAGGAGCUUCUAGAGUGUUGAUGUUGCCCGAGUCGAUUUCUAAAGAGUGCCUGGAGCUCCGCUCGAAUCGAGCGGUAACAGAUUUAGUAGCUGAUCUUGCCGACAUAGAACUUCAAAAAGAAAUGAAGCUCGUUUCCGAAGUAAGGGUAACUUUAAAAACAACCCUAGAUAAAAUAGAAGAGCAAUUAAAGAUCGAUAAGGCAGCCAAACAUAGAAUUGAAUUUGACUGGUGUGACAAAACUAUGGCCUACAAUACUGAUGCUACAAAUUUGAGCCUAACCCCUAAGUCUUCGAUUAUAAUGUUUAGACCGGGUGCAACAAGGUUUGGAGAAUUGACAGCGCCUUUAGAAUACUGGGAGCACUUCUGUAGAGAAAAUAUUGAACAUUGCGAAGUGGUGCGACAAAAAUCAGCUGAUUUGCGGGGAACUCUAAAUGCUAUACUCAUAAACAAUGGAAGAAAAUUACGCACUCAGGCUGACAGAACUGAUAUGGCUUUAGCUGAAACUGUAGCUCUCACUUCUGAACUGGUCACUAAACUGGAACAAAAUUUAACAAGCACUCUUUAUAAAAUUGCCGAUAUAGAAAAUUUGAUUCAGAAUCUGCAAGAUGCUGUAAAGAAGACAGAUGCGUCUAUGAAGUUAGCUCAAACUAGACUUGAUAAUAGGAACAAUUGGAGACCGCAUGGCGAGAGCGUAAGAGACCAACCGCAUUUAGGUUUGAUUGAGGAAGUUAAGAUGAUUCAUGAAACUGUUACUUCGCUACUUGGACAGUUGAGGAACGCAGAGAGAGUGAGAACAGAUCUAAUGGAGAAAAGAAAGGAGCUUGAGCGUGAUAUUGCAGCGAAGAGGAAGACUUUGAAUAUAGAUAGAGAUAGAUGUGGCAUGGUUCGCUCUCACUACCCGUCUGCCUCAGAGCUAGCAGGAUUUUAAUGUGGUGUUUUUUUAUUUAUAG